GUUCAGUCGUAAUUUUUUCUGGAUGGCACACGAUAUAGAGAGAAGCAAGCUUCAGGUGGAGCAAACGGAAGAGCAUAAGCCGCUCAUUCCGCUUAAAGAGCUUACUUUUGGUAAACAUUUUACGGAUCAUAUGCUCACCGUGGAAUGGGAUAAACAAGACGGCUGGCAUGAGCCACAUAUCAAACCAUAUCAGAAGCUCCAGUUGGAUCCUAGUUCUACAGUUUUUCAUUACGGAUUUGAGUGUUUCGAGGGAAUGAAAGCUUACAAAGACGACCAAGGACAUGUACGAUUAUUUAGACCAGAGAUGAACAUGGAACGGCUGAAUCAUUCGGCAGCUAGAGUAGGCAUGCCGAGAUUCAACGGGGAAGAACUGCUCAAAUGCAUUGUUGAGCUCUUGCGACUGGAUGAGCGGUGGAUCCCCAUGGAGCGCGGAUAUUCGUUGUAUUUACGACCUACCAUGAUCAGCACUUACCCAACGUUGGGGAUCCGUGCACCGGAAAAAGUGUUAUUGUUUGUCAUUGCAUGUCCAGUGGGUCCUUACUAUUCGACAGGAUUUAAAGCAGUUUCUCUUCUUGCGACCAGCGAUUACGUUCGAGCUUGGCCUCACGGAACAGGCGACACCAAAGUAGGCGGAAAUUAUGCACCCGGUGUUCUACCACAAAACAUUGCACUGGAGCAAGGUUAUCAGCAAAACCUGUGGCUAUUUGGCAAGGACGAAGAAGUGACGGAAGCAGGAACGAUGAACUUUUUCAUGCUUUGGGAAAAUCCGAGCGGCCGAUUGGAGUUACUGACACCGGCGCUCAAUGGAUUAAUCUUGCCUGGUAUCACACGCGAUAGUGUUAUUCAGCUGGUCUCCUCUUGGGAAGCCGAAAUGAAAAUUCGGGUCAUACAAGAUAAAAUUACCAUGGCAGAAAUCCUUCAAGCUGUGCACGAAGAUCGCGUCAUCGAAAUGUUUGGUACCGGCACAGCGUGCAUUGUCAGUCCUAUCAAAUGUAUUGGAUUCAAAGGAAGAGAUAUUUCCAUACCAUUAGAUCCUCAAGACUUCAAGUCGGAAGCAGGUCACUUGACAAAGAAAAUUAACCAAGCCAUCAUGGAUAUUCAAUACGGCGUUGUGGAUCACCCGUGGUCCCGCAUUGUAUUCUAA